GGGGAGAAGAGCACUGAAGUGCCACUGUUUCAACAAGAACGAUUGGAAAGUGGGUUCUGGAGCUUGAGUGCAGAGUGUCUCCAACGUUUGUGCUCACCUGUCACAGGCACAUGCAGAAGGCAGAGAUGAAAAACCUAUUCUUUCUGCUCAUGCUAACAACGAUGUCACCUUCUGCAUUUUCAGGCCGCCGGAUGAAAAGGCAGGUUGGUGUCUGGGGGAGCUGGGGUGAAUGGAGCAAAUGCAGUCGGAGCUGUGGCGGUGGAGUCAGCUUUCGGCAGCGGCGCUGCUAUUCCCAAAGGACAGAAGGUCCUUCCAGCUGUGUUGGACCAACACGAAGCUAUCGGUCAUGUAAUGUUCAGAACUGCCCGGAAGGCUCCCGGGAUUUCCGGGCAGAACAGUGUGCAGACUUUGAUGGGACAGAAUUCCAAGGCAAGAAAUAUAAGUGGCUUCCAUAUUAUGGAGCACCUAAUAAGUGUGAGUUAAACUGUAUUCCCAAGGGAGAAAACUUCUACUACAGGCACAAGGAAGCAGUGGUAGAUGGGACUACCUGUGAACCUGGCAAGCGAGAUAUCUGUGUAGAGGGAGUUUGUCAGGCUGUUGGCUGUGAUAAUAUGCUGGAAUCUGCCAAGAAGGAGGACAAGUGCCUGCAGUGUGGAGGAGAUGGCAGCACCUGCUAUGGUGUGAAGGGCACUUUUGAUGUGGCCAACCUCCCCAAAGGUUACAAUCAAAUCUUUAUUAUCCCUGUGGGAGCCACAAGCAUCCAAAUUAAGGAGGUUAAGCCCAGCAGGAACUUCCUAGCUGUCAAGAACGUGCGAGGAGAGUAUUACCUGAACGGGCACUGGACGAUUGACUUCAGCCGGGCGCUGCAGGUGGCCAGCACAGUGCUGCACUAUGACCGUGGCUCGGAGGGUGAUGUGGCCCCAGAGCUCCUCCAUGCCCGGGGUCCCACCACAGAACCCCUCGUCAUUGAGCUCAUCAGCCAGGAGACAAACACCGGGGUACAGUAUGAGUAUUACCUGCCCCUGCAAGGACAGGCCUCAGGUUACAGCUGGAGCUACAGUUCCUGGAGCGAGUGCAGUUCCGAAUGUGGAGGAGGCUUCCAGUCCCGCUUGGUGUUUUGUACCAUAGACAAUGAAAUUUAUCCAGACUACAUGUGCAGGAAUAAGCCACAACCAGAAAACAACCGGACGUGUGGCCAUCAGCCUUGUCCCCACACAAAACGGUGGAAAACAGGAGAGUGGGGAUCCUGCUCAGCCACCUGCGGCGGGGGCACCCAGACCCGCUCGGUGUACUGCGUGGCGUUUGACGGCCAGAGCGCGCAGGGCGUGGUGGACGACGCCGAGUGCAUGGCCUUCGGCCAGCAGCCGCGCCGCAGCCAGCCCUGCAACGUCCGGCAGUGUGCCACCUGGAGCACGGGGCCCUGGUCCGAGUGCUCAGCCAGCUGUGGGGAAGGAGUGCAGACCCGGACUGUCACCUGCAGGACACAGCAGGGCUCCCAGGCUCAGGACUUCGCUUGUCUAAUGGAGCCAAAGCCAUCGGCCACCCAGCCCUGCCUUAAGGAGAACUGCAUCCAGGAAAUCGGCUGGCACGUUGGAGACUGGGGUCUGUGUUCCAAGAGCUGCGAUUCAGGCAUCCGGACACGCCAGGUCAUCUGUGCUGACGGCGACUCCAAAGUCUACAGUCCUGAGAUGUGCAAAGCCAUCCAGCCACAGAAACCAGCCACCCUGGGUAGCUGCAACACACAGCCCUGCUACCUGCCACAGCAGGUCCCCAGCAUGCAGGACACUAUGGGAUACAAUGUCACUCGCCAGUCCUUGCUGACACGUUACAACCCAAAGAGCCCUGCCCUUCCAGAUUCUGAUGAUGGAAGAAUGCUCCCUGGGAACACCAUGAUCCAUAGUGCCUCAGGGAAUCAACACAUGCCAUCCACCAAAGAUCACGGCAUCAACUUGUUUGCUGUCCACUGGGAGCCCCAGUCUCGCUCCCCAGGCUCCCAUCGGCUCAGCUUCUCUCAGGACCCCCCUGCAGGGACUGGCUCCCAGGACUGCCACCAGAGCCCCCAUGGCUGCUGUCCAGAUGGGCGCACUCUGGCGUCGGGCCCUCUGGGGAGAGGUUGCCCUUUCAGCACCUGCCACCAAAACAGGUAUGGCUGCUGCCCCGAUGGAGUAUCGGCUGCCCAGGGUCCAAACAACAUUGGAUGCCCACAAUAUUAUCAUGACAUUCGAAUGAGACAAAAUCGUCCCACUGCAACCACUCCAGCAGCAAGCCAAGCCUUGUCCCAGCAGCACCCCUCGGGCGAGUGCCGCGGCUCCCUGUACGGCUGCUGUUUUGACAACGUCGCCUCAGCCAAAGGUCCUCGAGGGGAAGGAUGUCUCAAUAGGCCCAACUACCCGUACCCUGUCAUGUGCCUGCUGCCCAGUGCCCACGGCCCCUGCACCAACUGGACCACUCGCUGGUACUUCGUGGGGGUCGUUGGCAAGUGCAACCGGUUUUGGUAUGGCGGCUGUCAUGGGAAUAAAAACAGCUUUGCCUCGGAGGAGGAGUGCAUGAGAGUGUGCCACAGCUCUGUGGGGGUCAGUCCUCUGGAGCUCCAGCCCUCUCCUGGCACAGAAGUGCUGCAACACCAGCAGACUGGCUCCAGUUCUCACGCAGAGCAUGCUCAGGGUCAGCAUAAAUCACCCACAAGAGAGACCACAAGUCACAGCCAAGAAGGAAGAAUCUAUGGGGCUUCACUCCCCAAGCAAGACAGCCACAGCUGGAGGAGGGACAUGCUGCCAGAGGCCUUGCCAAGGACUGGUGUGCUGGAGAGCCAGAGAAGCAGACUGAACAGCCUGGGCCAGCUGCCCUCCUGGGAAACAGCCAUGCCUGGGCCCCUGGACAGGCAGAGCAGCAGUGGCCAGCAGGUGCUACCCCGGGAAGGCAAGCAGUGGCGUGAAGCUUUCGGAGCAGAUGUUUCUGUGACAGAGGGAUUUGGGCACCAGGAGUCUGCAGACUUGUUCCCAGCAAAGGCUCUGCACAGAACAAUCCUGGAGGAAGGCAAGCCCCCUCUUGUGACAGCAGUCGUGGGACAAAACAUCCAGCUGGUCUGCAAGACAGGUGUGUCCCCGCUCUCCAGAGUGGAGUGGAUGAAGAACAGCCGACCGGUCUCCUCUGACAGGCACACCUACCAGUCCGACAGCUCCCUGGUGAUCAGCCACGUCGAGCCCGAGGACGCUGGCACCUACACGUGCCUCACUUCUGACGGGAGGACAGAGAUUCAGCUGCAGAUCACAGAGCACCAGAGCGCUGUUCUGGCCGAGGGUGAGCGAGGCCGGGCCCGUCAGGAGGCCGAUCAGCAGCGCCGAGGGUUACCCAGAGGCAGGCAGCCUGUGCAGGCAGCCGGCUCCUCCGUGCGCCAGCAGCUCGCGUACAGGUUGAAAAUGGAUAAGAGUGAGCCCACAGUAGUGGAGGCCAAUGUUGGGGAGAGAGUCAGACUGCCCUGCACAGUGGAAGCUUCACCAGCUCUCACCAUUGAGUGGCAGAAGGAUGGGCAGCCCCUCUCCUCUCCCAGGCACAGGCAGCAGUCGGACGGGGCCCUGGUGAUCAGCCGGGUCAGCUCUGAAGACAUUGGCUUCUUCACCUGCAUUGCCUCCAAUGGACGUGACCGUGACCAGCGCCACGUCCUGCUCCGGCCUCUAGGAGAGCUGAGGAUCACUGGUCUUCUACCAAGCAUCACGGUACCUGAGGGAGGGACUGCUCAGCUUCAUUGUACAGUGACUGGCAACAAUGUGAAUAUAAGGUGGUCAAGGAACGGAGUUCCCAUGCGGGGGGAUGGCCACCACAUCCACCUAUCCCAGGAUGGAAGCCUGACUAUCUGGAAUGUCCAAGAGGCUGAUGAGGGAUCCUACACAUGCAGUGCCUACAGCAGCAGCAGCUCUGUCAGUGCCAGCUCGGAGGUGAAGGUGCUGAGGAGCCGGCCUAGCACUACUGUGAGUCACAUUGUGGACCCGAGCAGAGAGUGCGUGGACCAGCCCCACCUGGCCAACUGUGACCUGAUCCUGCAGGCCCAGCUCUGUGGUAACGAGUACUAUUCCAGCUUCUGCUGCGCCAGCUGCGCUCGCCACCGCCCCCAGGGCAGCCCCCCGCACCCCCGCGGGUGACAGCCACCGCCACGGUGACCGAUGACAGGACUGGAGUCUCAACUCUGUUCUUUUACUGCAUGGGACAGUUCCAGGAACUCUGCCCUGCUGGAAAGCCCAAGAGGGUGAAUUGGACAGCGUGUAGUGAGUGUAAAUGCUCAGAGGUGGGAGACCCACCACCCUCAGGUUUAUUGUAGACUCCUUUUCCCCUGUAUGCCUUGUUGUACCUAAUCCAUCUCUUAAGAGUAGUUGCUGUCAUUCACAGGAACCAGAUAAUAGUAGGGAUGUAAGGAUGAUGUGACUAGAGGAGGCAAAUGACCAGCAUGAAAGAGGGAGAAACCAAUUCUUCAUACAAGCAAGAGAGAAGUGCUCUUAAAAAUAAUAUAAUCUCUGAAGUGUUUGAAGAUGGGCCUGAACCAUUUCAACUGAAGCACUAAUGAGCCAUGAACAUUUGUUCCUCCAAUGAGCAUUGCUGAACAAGUGCUCCUGGGGUGCACUUUCCAUCUAAAUGCAAAGGACUCUGGCCACCAGAAACUGCUUGAUGCAUACAAAAUUAGUGUUCAGGUCCUAGGAGAUUACUGGCUCUCAGGAUGCAGCUGUAAUGGAAGUUCUGUUUUAUACUGUAGCUGUUUUAUUCCAGCAGUCUUUAGACAAAUUUCUGGUAGGAUCAGUUUGGUUUCUACUUGGCUGCAAUCAGCUUUGGAGUAAAAUUAAGAAGAAAGGCUUCACAGAAAACUUAAUACAAAAUAGAAAACUGCUUUUAGCCCUUCCUGAACACUAGGGGUAAUUCAGAUGAACACACCAACACCGUUACCUGUCCUGAGCUGCUGCAGUUUGAAUAGCACUCAUUCUAGGAAGGCUCAGCAGGUAAUCUUUUUCCCCUGAGCCGGAACUGUGCUGUUCUGACGUUGUGCUGAGUUUGGGCAGGGGCUAAUAAUAAACACAUAGAAAUAUGUGUGUAGGGGCAUUUCACUUGCCAGAACAAACCUCCCAAGGAUCUGCUCUAGUCUCAGUUAAAUCCAGGAAAGCCUGGCUCUGCUGAUCUGGCUGAUGCCUGCUGCUACACGCUAACAAGUUAGGACUUCCAGAUGCAGAGCAGCUGUAGCUGAAAAGCAUCCUUCAUUUCAAGAUCAAAAUGGAGUGUCAACAAGUGUGCAUCUGGGGCUCUGAAAAUCUCAGGCAUUAGGGGUGGGGAGGUGAGAUUAUAUUAUGAUUAUAUCAUGAUUAUAUCAUGUUAAACCAGGAAAGGCCUUGGGUGUCUUCAGUAUCUCAAAAUGGAAUUACUUUUGAGCAAAAGGAUUCUUUUACAGCCUCCACACUACUGUUCCACCCUAGCAUCAGCCCUGACAGUCCCCUUCUUCCUCAUUCUAGACUUGGAUGGGUUGAUCAUAAUUAUUAGCAACAUUACCUGUGUAUUAUUUGCAUAGAUGUAGGUAAACGGGUGUGUAGAUGUUGGCAUUUUGGUUGGGGGGAUGGAGGAUUGGGUUUUUUUACUUUUGUCUUCUGCUUGUGUUACUUUAAGGCUUUUAAGAAAUGCAGUUAAAUCAGCACAGGUGUGGUUCAGGACUGAACAGGCUGCUCUAGGAUGUGAACAAACGGCGAAGUCCACAAGCAAUGCGAUACAGGAGAGACAGGUGACAGUCACAGCUAUUUGGGGCUGGGUCCUUCUGUGGUCUGAUAAGUUCUGUUUGCUAGGAGAGACAAAAAUACUUAUUUUGCAUUUAAGACCCUUUAAUUUGAUUAGGGAAAAAAUUGCUGGAAUGCAGGGCAGGCACUACAGUAUAAGGUUUGAAAUAAUUGGAUAUUUAAGAACAAUGAGGUGGUCCUGAAAACAUCCACUUGUGUUUGUACAUGUUUUUCCAUUUAAUAUCUCAGACCACCACCUUUUUCUUUGUGUGCCUGUAUAGGAUAUUUUACCAUUUUAGUACAUGAUACGAUUUUUGCCUUUGGAGACCAGGGACUAAUCAGAGACUCUGUAAAUUCCAGUCAUUUUGAAGCCCUCUCUGUUCCACGUGUGGCGUCAAGGGGUAGUCAGGCUCUGCUCAGGAGCAUGGUUGGAAGUGGAUUGUGGAUGUGUCAGACCUUUUUGUCCCAGAGUAAGUAGCCAGUUCUAUAAAAUCCCUUUCUAAGAUGUCAGAGGCUUUAUUUUUAGAAUAUUUAAAUAUUCUGUGUAGUCAGAUGUCAUUUAAACUCAGUGGCUAUGUAAGAUGGGGCCAGGAAGUGCUUUCUCCAGGCUCCUGAGGGCUGUAACAGCCCCGUGCCUGCUGGUGGGCAGGACUUUAACACUGGAAGUGCGUUGGCUAGUGGAGAGUUUACGCUGACCUCCUUUCAGCUGCACAACCAUGGCAGUAAGGGUGGGAGCGACAGGCAGGCAGCUCCCUGCUGUAAAUCCAUGCCAUCAGGUUAACUAAAGGAUCUUUGCAUUUCUUCUGACAAGAUCAGCUUCUCCCUCUCUGUAGUACCACAUAAUCACCCACUCAAGGUUUACUUUUUUUAUGUGAGAAUCAAGAUGUUCGUUUUCUUCCCUAAACAAUGGGUUGUAGGAAGUGCUUAUCUCCAGGGCAGGAGAAGGGUGUAGCUAUACUGGGCUAUUUUCAGCUUCAUCUUGGGGCCCUUACUGUGAAAGAUACAUAACUAACUGCUUUCUUUCCUACUAUAAAUGUUUAUAAAUACUUGUUUGC